UUAAAGAAUAGAUUGCGACCAAAUCCGAAGGGAUCAUUAGAAAUUCAUUCGGCAUAUCAGAUCACCGGCGCAGAUGAGACGUAAUUAAAGAAAAUUCGUGAGAGUGUCGAGCAAACUGCGAAGAGACAUAAUUGAAAAUUCAUGCGGCGUUUUAGCGCCUUCUCUUUUUCGUAAAAUGAGCAAGGGACAAUAAUAGCCAGUUUAUUGGAUCUCUUAAUCGAUGGCAGACUUUUAGACGAUUGACAUAGCGGGAUUAGCUUAGAAUAUCCGAUCGAAAGUACAGACUGGUUGAAUUAAAGAUUCAAGCGACUACUUCCGCAAACUUGAAUUACAAAGUGCGAACGAGGGCGAGCUAUCCAAUCGACGAGCUAUCUAGUCCGGCAAUUUCUUCGAUUCCGUGGAAAUAUAUAAUCCGACGAGCAGAGGAAACGAAAGAGUUAAGGAGAAACGUCGUCGAACGGAGAAAAGCUAUUCGCAGUUAAAUCUGGCAACACGCUCGAUAAGUAGGAUACGAAUCGUUUGUGAAGAUUGUUGAAGCGGAACAAGGAGAGGAUACCGUGAAGGAAACGUUGAAGCCUGAACAAACGACUUCAAGUUUUGUAUCUACUUUUUUUUCGUAGUAAGCGAUCGUCGAAAAGAGAAAUAAUACUUUUCGUUCAUCUCUUUUGCAAAAACGACCAUAAAAGGUACAAUUCGAUAUCGAUAGUUUCCGAGAGUGAAUGAAACGCCCACGCACGUCCGAAAAAAAAAAGUAAGAGGAAAGCGUACGAAAUCGGUCCAUGAGAUUAAUCCACCGGGAUUUACCGCGGGAAUUUUCAGUAUCAAUUUGAUAUCAAUUUAUCCUGCAUCUCUGACGCAUCAACAAACGAUCGCCAACGGAAAAAUCGCACCGAAAACUCAACUCUCGCCAUUCGCGGUGGAACGUGAUCGCACUUCCAGAAAGCUGCCGAAAAGGCACCCUCUUUUGAUUACCUUUUUUCGCAUGUAACGUCAGUCUAAGUGGAAGCUUGCGAAAAGGCAGGAAGAUAUUGUAGGGAUAGAUUGCAAUUUCCGGUCGGCCGCGUAACAGCAAAUUCAUUGCACCAGGAGGCGUAAUCCUGAAGGACGAGCACGCGCGCGCGGAGUGUCCUGAAUCGGGAUUUCGAGACUCGAGACAGAUACGAACGCGAAUUCGUUUGUUAAAGACAGCACGCAUAUACGUUCGGGAUUGUUUCUUCACUCGUCGAUACGAUCGCCUGACGAGAAAGAACGAGCGUCAACAAAAAAGGGAAGAAUUCUGAUUCGCGCCUCCGUCCCCGUGUCCGUCCGAUGACUAGUCGUGAAUAGUCACAACUGCUUGAGAUUGUCAGAAGAAAUUGAACAUAAGAUCACAGGAUCGGCAAAGACGAGAUUCUUCACGAAGAAGAUUGAGUUGAGUGAAAGCACGAACAGAAGCGAAUCGAGAAUUUAAUUUGAAGAAUAUGGCACAGGAAAAGAAAUAAUUUAACCCUUUUCUUCUCUCUCUUUCUUUCUGCGAGAUUAUUAAAUAUAAAACGACGAGUAAUUCGAUUUUUACAUCCGAGAACGUAACGAGCGACCGUUUAUACACGCCGAGAUUCUCUCGACACGAUAAAAAAACGGCGGCCGCGGAAUAGAGAUUUUCAUUCAACGAAGAAUAUAUGAAAUAUUCGUCGUUGAGUUGAGUGAGAAGCGCAAGUUGUCCCGCUCGCAAAGCGAACAGCAGAAAUUACUGCUCCGUUCAACGUUGGCAGAAGAGCGAAAUCUAAGAGAAAAAUAAUUUUUCUCACUCGUGGCAGUCACAUAGCAAUAGUAAUUUGUCGGCGCGAAUUGUCCGAUCGUGUGCGUUCAAAUGUUAAAGUUCAAAGCCUUUUUUCUCAUCUACAAAGAUACCGAUAAGAAAAUCGUAUGUUCUUAAAUAAACACGAGCUGGGAAUUUAUUUGACGACAGGACGUUUUCUUUGGCGAAACGUUCAUUAGAAUCAUAAAACCAGGAAACUUUUAUUAUAAUUACUAAUAGUGAGAGAAAGAAAGCAAAGCGCAAGUCCAGGAGAUGAAUGAAAAAUCUCUUCAUCUUAAAAUUCUUCAAGUAGAAAAGUUUCUUAUAUGCUUCUGAAAUUUACUUAUAUAUGUCUACGUGAGCGAAAGUGUCGAUGUGCAAUUAAGGUUUCAAGAAAUCACCAUCGAUUUAUAUCAAUAAAAUUUGCCCAUAGCUUCCCGAAAGGAUCAAGCCGCCUCUUAUCGUGGAAGCGGGUGAGAUCGAGGGAAAGGCACUCAACUGAUCGUGUCGACGCCGGUAAAAUUCAAGAAGAGAAUGCCAGUCAAUGACUUCGCUUAAUAGAAGCGACGACGCUGUUUUCAAUUCUUGGUGGGAUAACGUCAAUCUUUCGAGCGGAAUGAACGUCGGAAGAUUUCCGUCGGAUUCGAUUUGGUAAGGAAAGAAGAAGGAGGAGAAGCACCUCCCGUCAUACGAGAGGGUGAAGCCGCAGAAGGAGGAAGGGUCACGUUAGGUGGGUAUGUGAUCGUCUUGUGUGUGGCGGAAGCGAAAAGUGCAGUCGAAGCAAUACAGCGGAGCUAAAACGGUCUCCGGAGAAGAAAUUGCAGCCUGCUACUGUUGCGAGAAGGAGAGAAAAAGGGAAGAGAAAACCGACAACGAUCACGACACGUGCGUUAUCAACCCGUCGCCGAAGUUUGCUCGCUAAGAUACGUUCUCCUUGUUGUAUUCUGUCGUUUCUAUUUAGGAAAACGCUAAUGGACUGUGACACGUGGAUCGUGUGACAAUGCGGAGUUUCGUGAUAUUGACGUGGGCGAUUAUAGAGCGAUCUCAUUGCACGGUUUUUGUCGAGAAUCACCCCCAGCGCGUGUUACGCCAGCGGGAACCGUCUCCGCGCAAAAUCGCAUUGAAGUAUCGUUUAUAGAAUCUCGCGUUCUUUCAUUCAAUCGAUAAUUUCAGAUAUAACCGUGGAUGGAGAAGAGAAUCGCGCAUAGAAAAAAUUCAGCACGGGGGUGAAAUAAUCAACGUUACCGAGAAGAUCCAAGUGAUUCCAUUGAAGUCUUUGAUGCUGCUGAUAAAGGAAAGAGCAAGCAAUGCUUGAGAAAGCAAUGUGAUGAUCUACAAAUUCACGUUGAUGAAAUUCGAGAGAGGCGAUGUGUCUCGCCGAUGUAGAUCGCGAUUGCAAUUCGCAAACAAUGAAAGAAGAAGACGACGAGUGAGUCGCAGACAUUCGACAAACUGGAUCGUAAUCCGUUGAAUUUGAUACUAUCGACGCUGUCUAAAACACUACUCGUUGUUUAAAGGCCGCGUAACGUUAGACGAUAUCCAAGGUGCAACACGAGCGACCUGGGAAGGAGAGAGAGGAAGAGAGAGUGAGGGUUAUCGAUUAUUCGAAACAACGUUUCGCGAUUGUGUUCGCGACCGCGAAACUAAAACUGCCGGAUUGCACAGUCUAUGAUCAAGUGUAUCGGCAAACGUAUCCGACGUGCGUAUUAACGAGCUCAUCCGACCGUAAUUGUCGAAAUAUUGACGGGAAUUCAUACGGAGGAUCUUCAACGGUUGUGUUCAACGAAAGUCACAAAUGUAACCUCCGCUAAAUAAAAAUAUCGGAAAAGAGGAGACAAGUGUAAUAAUUAACGUUACGUCGAUAGUGUGAAAGCAAGUGUAUCUCGUUUGACACACACAAUUGUCAUUUUUAAUAAUUCAGCGGUGAUUUUAAAUAAUUCGAAGAAAGAGAAACGAUCCGCAUAAUUCUGUUCUAAAGUAACGAUCAAUUCGCGACAUAAAAUCACAUAAUGUAAAGUUGCUAAAUGAUUUGUAAAGUGAUCGAACAUAACUAGUCAAUAGAUUAAUAUACGAAGAAAGUGCGAUUGUGUCCUCGGAUUCAAGGACUACGAAAAAACUGCGAGCUUCAAAUUUUACUCCCGCGACACGUCAAAUGAAUCGAUAGACCGUCGAAAAUCACAGUUUUCAUUGUCGGCGAAAACGUAUACAUUAUAGUUUUCAGUGAAAAUAACAAACAUCACAGAGUGUCGAUAACCGAUAAGUGUCAUUGUGCAUCUGACGGAAGAAAACUUUGAUUUCCUGAUUAUGGCGACUCGAGGUGUUUGGCGCGUUCCUUCUGAUUCGCAUCUCUCGUCAGCGUUGCCGUACACGAAAUUCUCUAGAGUCCUUCGACAAGAUCGCAUGGGCGCACCCGAGGACCGCGAGAGUUAAUUAAAAUGCGAGAGCUGAACGCCACCGCAUGCGCUGCUUUGUACGACGGCGUCGAGUGGUCAAGCCUGGGGAACGUGGUUACUCUAAUCGUUCUGGCUAUUGUCAAUGUCAUGGUGGUGGUAGGUAACGUCCUAGUCAUACUGGCCGUCUACUGCACCAGUAAGCUGAGAAACGUGACAAAUAUGUUCAUCGUGAGCCUGGCCGUUGCCGAUUUGAUGGUCGGGGUCGCCGUCUUGCCAUUCAGCGCAACCUGGGAAGUCUUCAAGGUUUGGAUAUACGGAGAUCUCUGGUGUUCCGUGUGGCUGGCGGUCGACGUUUGGAUGUGCACGGCGUCGAUAUUGAAUUUAUGCGCCAUCAGCUUGGAUAGGUACUUGGCUGUGACCAGGCCAGUCAGUUAUCCUCAGCUUAUGUCAACGAAACGGGCCAGAAUGUUGGUGGGCACCGUUUGGGUUUUGAGCUUCGUCAUCUGCUUUCCGCCUCUGGUGGGCUGGAAGGACAAACGGUCACAUCCCUCGUACAACAUGACGUUUCCUCUACACAGCCCGUCCAACACCACCACUAUACUUAUACCGGUGAAGCCGUGUCCAUGGAUCUGUGAGCUGACCAACGACGCCGGUUACGUCGUUUACAGCGCCCUAGGCUCCUUCUAUAUACCGAUGCUAGUGAUGCUGUUUUUUUAUUGGCGGAUCUACAAUGCCGCCGUUUCCACGACGAGAGCCAUUAAUCAAGGUUUUCGGACAACGAAGGCCUCGAAAAUGCUCGGCAGCAGGUUCGACGAACAAAGACUGACCUUACGAAUACAUCGUGGCCGCAGUAGCGUCCACAACGGCAGCAACAACGGCAACUCGAGAAGCCCGGACUCGAGCAGCCGUAGCUCUGUCAAGCGGGAAAAAAUCAAAAUUUCGGUCUCCUACCCCAGUACCGAAACUCUUAACACAAAAUGCAACACUCUCGAGAGAACGCCAUCGAGGUGCUCGCAAAUCUCGGUUCAUUAUAGUAAUGGACAAACGCAGACGCAGCUUUGUUCACGAAAUACACACCUUAAGGUCGGUGGUGUUAAUAGAAUCGGCAGUAACAAAAAGCCGAGCAGACGGAGCAGCUGCGAGAGUCAGGUAACCAGCGACGAGCUGUCAUUGCGCGAGAUGACGCCGAGCAGCGAGGAGAAACCGCGGGUGAUGAAGCUGGGCAAGAGGAACAUAAAAGCACAAGUGAAGAGAUUCCGCAUGGAGACUAAGGCGGCGAAGACCCUGGGCAUCAUCGUCGGCGGUUUCAUCAUGUGCUGGCUGCCGUUCUUCACCAUGUAUCUGGUGCGCGCAUUCUGUCCGAAUCACAUCCAUCCGACCGUCUUCAGCGUAUUAUUUUGGCUAGGCUAUUGUAAUUCCGCGAUAAACCCCUGCAUCUAUGCUCUCUUCAGCAAGGACUUUCGUUUCGCUUUCAAAAGAAUCAUCUGUUGCAAGUGCUCCUGCAUACAACGCGUCAACACCUUGCGUCGUGGCAGUGACGGCAGUCAGUUGGCGAUGAGGUCAGUGUUACAAUUUACAAUAUUACAAAAGAUAUCGCAAUAUAAUUUCGCGAUUUAUUUUUGCACAAGAGAAACGAUCUCUUAUCGUUUAUAUAUUCCAAAUUUUAUAUUUAAAUUUAAGAAAUCUUGUCAUACAGUUUAUCAUUUAUUCAUCUUGGUGUAUCAUCUACAAUUAUCGUUCGGAUUCAUUGGACUUCUAUAUGUGAAAAAUCUGUUUUAUAUAACCGCAUAAAAGAAAAUUUUCAAAUUUUAUCAUAUUUUACGCACCAUAAAUGUUUGAUGGAUAAAACGUCAUCAAAUUUUAAAGAGUCCAUCUUUUCACUCGAUUAUAUAAACAUACAUUCGCGGACAAUAUGUUCUCUUGAUUGCGCAUAAAAUGCGCGAUCGAUUCUGUGGCUUGGAUUUAGAAUAUCCAAUUUUGGUCUUGAACCCGAGUUGUGUAUUCAAAAUACACAUCCCAUAAACUUUAUAUAUCCCUAAACUAUAAUCCAAUUAGCUCGCGAGAGAAUGUUGCCAUUCUCAAAAGCAAUUCACAGAAGAUUCGUGCCUUUGAUGUCUCACGGGAACGAUUCCGUGUGUGUUUCAUAGAAACGAACGAAGUCCGAGUUACUCGAUCCGCGGUGCUCAACACGGGAUCUCCAUCGACGACUCGGAUCCAGAUCCGGCAUCGGAACCAACGCACUCGCAGAGCGAGUCCAGAUGAUCGUAGCGGCACGUCCGAGCUGGCAGGCAGCGCGUCACCUUUAACUCCCGAUCUUCUAGAGCGAAGAUAUUCUUAUGAUCGGCGACUCUCAGACAUGUCAACGUAACAUACGUUUCGCCUUUUCGCCAGACUGACGCGAAUUUGACUGUCGAUGAAGCUAGAAACGCGUGCAUGCUCUGUCUGUCUAAUACGAGACGCGAUUAUACGAAAUCGUUAAGCGAGCAAUUAAGAAAGGAGUAACAAGCGUUUUGUUUAAUUUUUUUGUUGCCUUUUGUUGUUGAAAAACGAAUAUCACUAUUGAUUUAUCUGUCUAUCGGCAUCAUAUAAUCUCACUACAAUGACUGAGAUGAAUAAGAAAGGAAAAGCCAAAUGGUUUACUAGGCGAGAUAGGCAAAUAAUUUGUUACUCUUUCGACUUGAUUCUCGUAAAUCGCGUAAUCUCGCUGCAACGAGUUUAUAACGAAGCCAGCAAAGAGGUAAGUCAAGUGACAAAUUACUCUUCUCGUUUCUCUGCCAUCUAUCUCUGAAAGAAACAUAAGCAAGUAACUCGCCAUUCGAUUUGCUUUUACACUGUAAUUGGUCGAUGGAAACAGAAUGCCAGAGAGAGCUUCGUGCAACGCGCGUCCAAUUGAAACUGGAUUUUACCACACCAGGCUUGGAACGCGGUGCUUCAUCUGUGCAAAGAGUAGAGAAAAAAGAUAAUCCGUCGCGGGCGUCGUCGCGCGCACUUUUUCUCAAGACCGUUUCGCGGCACUUCGCUUCGAUUUGUACUUUCGACUACGUUAUAAGAGCUUAACACGGUCGUGUCUUUCGUAAGUAACCAUUUCUCCUCGUGAACACCCCGUCCGGUGAACAUCGUAGUGAGUCAUCGUACACACUUAAUGUUACAUGUAUCUCGCGCGGAUCGUCAGAGAGUAGUCGGUUGAAUUAUUACAGACUCGAGAUGAUAAUCUUUCCGAUGAUUGCAUUGUAAACAAAACUGACUAAAACUUUAGACAAAGUGUCCGCAGCUUUUUUGCAGACACAUUGUCCGAAUUUUCAGACAGAAUGAUGUCUAAAAUUUUCAGAC